AUGUUCGACCCGAGAAAAUCCUCAACAUAUAGGAACAUUACUUGUUCUGCAAGGGAGUGUGGACUUGUCGAUGAUCAAAAACCACCAGGCCAAUCACCGGAGUUUUGUAAAAAAUUUCCUACAAGAAGGUGUACUUACUGUGUCGAGUAUGAAGACACGUCAUCUUCUGAAGGUGUAUUGGCAAAAGAAACAAUUGCCUUGACAUCCAGGACAGGUAAGGUUGUAACCCUAAAAGAUAUUGUCAUUGGGUGUGGACAUUUGAACUAUGAACAUAUUUCAACUGGAAAUGAAAUGGGAGUGAUUGGGCUUGGAAAUGGUCCCGUGUCAUUUGUUUCUCAAAUUGCUCCCUAUGUUGGAGGUUACAGAUUUUCUCAUUGCUUGGUGCCUUUAGACACUGAUCCCAAAAUUGAAAGCAAGAUCAAUUUCGGAAAUGGGAGUGAAGUUUUGGGUGAAGGGGUUGUCUCAACACCAUUGGUUAAUAUAAGUAUAGCCCCAUCUAACUAUUUUGUAACGGUAGAAGGAGUUACCAUUGGAAAUGAAUUUGUUCCGUUCAACUCAACAGUGACACAGCUUAAUAAACUUAACAUGAUGGUCGACUCGGGCUCAACUUUUGCACAAGUACAUCGAGAAUCGAGAUAUUUUUGA